AAUUGAGCGAACGCAGUCAUUGAAUCGUCUCAAUUGUCGCAGCGAUGAAGUGCUUUUCGAUUUUUUUUGCGCUACUGGCGCUUAUUUCCUUCGUCGAAUUUGGAUAUGCUCGAACCAUUCCCAGGAUUACCAUACGAAAUGGCGACAUUAUAGUUCAUGGAAAUUGCCAUGGUUGCACAGCACGUGCCUAUCAAUCGGCUCACCUAUCAAUCAAAUUUACUCGAAGAUGGUAAAUGUUGUAUGUGUCAUAUAAA